CGUCUUCAUCAGCUAAUCGAAUGUGGGAUGUUAGCAUAUUAGCAUCAACAUUGGAAAAGAAGAAGUGGAAGGUUAGCGGACAUGUAAACAUACCCUCAACCUGUAACGUCACGUGAGUCUUGCGAACACACGAGAAGUUAUUUACUUCCGUUCCCAGUUUUCGUCACGUAUGAGUGUAAGUUGUAUACUUAAUGUAUCUUGUAAAAGGGGUGACUCGUCCUCCCCCCAGCCCACUUCCUUACGUUGGCCACUAGUGGGCAAUGUUUCCCCUUCACAACUGCUAAUACCUGUUAGACUAGCACCACCGCUAAUGCUACUUUCCGGAGCUGUGUGCAGUUUGUCACGACGAAAGCCAUAGCAAAAAUGUCUAUUUCGACACACGACAUUGCUUUUUACUUUUUAAUUUACUUUUUUUUAACUUGUUUCCAGUUCAGCGAGGAACUUUGUUUGCAAGUUGUUUACAAAUGUAUACAUUCGUUUUUAUAUACUUAUCAUGGUUAUUGCGGAAGUGAGUACAUGUAAACAGGAAACGCACAGUCCAAUCAGGUCCUGCGGAGCUCUCUCACAUGACAUAUAUCAGCCAAUCAAAUCGCUUACCCAGAGCUGCUUUGUGCAUAGUAGAUGUAAACUAAGUUAGUUAGUUCAAAUUGUUGUUUAAUUCAGUAUUAUUAAUUUAUAGUAUUAUUUAAUUAUAUUAUUAUAAUAUGCUUUAAUUAUUAAUAUAUUGCUAUAUUAUAUUAACGUAUUAAUAACACUAUAUAAUAUAAUACUAUAAUUAUUAAUUAUAGUAUUAAUUUAGAUUCUUAUUAUUAUUAUUGAGUAUAAUUGAAUAUAAUUUAGUUUAUUAUGGAUCAAGUUAGUUUGUUUUAAUUUAGCAGAGUGACAUCAAAAUAGCGCGCAAUUUAGUAGGGAUAAGAGUUUAUAAGAAAUGUGGAGCUCAGGAGAAUCGGGAUGUGAGGGAGCAGCGUCCACCUCGCCUGCCCGAGGACGAGCACUCAUUGUCGGAUACACUUUGCCAGACGAGAUAGAGACAAUUUUGACACACAUUGAUAGUGGAAAUGUGGUCAUUACACAUUUUUUGCAGGACUACCCGUGUUUAAAAACACUCGGAUUACCUGUGGAGCAAAUGAAAGCCGCGAGCCAGGCAAAAUGUGUAAACAAAAAUGGCAGAAAGUGGAGUGAGAUUGGCAUAUCGGACAUAGGAUUAACAAGCUGUCAUCAAUGGACUCCAUAUUGACCACAGGUAUGAAUGUGAGAGUGACGUGUUCCUCCAGUGUUUUUUCUUCGCUGCGGCAUGAGAGGAUGAGGAGAUGUUUGUUUCAUGGCCUUUCCUUUUCUGGGAGGUGACAAAGCGUGAAGUAGAAAUGUUUAUUUUAGCUGAUGUGUAACGGUGGCGUCACACAUGACGCCAUGAUUGAAAGUUCAGCCGUGACACACACACACCUCUGCUGUGACCUAUUUACCCCCCCCCCCCCCCCCCCUCCCACUGGAAAUGUCAUGGCAGUGACCUCAAGCAAUGAAGUCCCAACAGAAUGGGACUGAGGCUGACUUUCCAUGUGUGGGCUCCACAAGGGGGGGGCCACGCCCUGAGGGUGAGACGGGCACACGCCGUUUCCUCCCAGGUCUGGAAGUCAUUGAGUGGACUUUUACGGCCCGUCAUGACUCCCUGGCCUCCUGGCGGCUUGCAGGCGGUUCUCACGCUCAUUCCGUCUCAUUUUCCAUGGACGACUUUCAGGAAACGCUCAUCCACGGCAUCCUCAUAAUGCGUUAUAAAGCCUUUAUUACCUACUUAGUAACUUUAUAUCAGUACAUUUAUAGAGACUGCUGAUAUGUACUUUUAUUUUGAAAAAAACAACAACAUAAAAACAAUGUAUAAAGUGGUUAUUUAUGCAGAUUUUCAACAUACUAUCUGUAGCAGGGGUGUCCAAAGUGCAGCCUGGGGACCAUUUGUGACCCGUGGUAGUUUUUUCAUUGGCUCUAUCUAAUAAAAAGCAAAAAUGUAAAAAAAAAGCAGUUAUUUUCUAUCGGCUCUCUGUCCAUUAAAAAAAACCAAAUCGAAUUAAAUGACUAAAUUAACUAAAAAACUAAAAAAUAACUCGAGUUAAAAAACUAAAUAAAACUAAACUAAACUAAAACUAAACAGCACAAAUGGAAAAAAAGAACAUUUGCCACAGACAAAGAUAUUUUUUUGACAUUGUAUAAAGUGGUUAUUUAUUCAGAUUUUCAACAUACUAUCUGUAGCAGGGGUGUCCAAAGUGCAGCCUGGGGACCAUUUGUGACCCGUGGUAGUUUUUUCAUUGGCUCUAUCUAAUAAAAAGCAAAAAACAAAAAAAACAAAUCGAAUUAAAUGACUAAAUUAACUAAAAAACUAAAAAAUAACUCGAGUUAAAAAACUAAAUAAAACUAAACUAAACUAAAACUAAACAGCACAAAUGGAAAAAAAAAAGAACAUUUGCCACAGACAAAUAUAUUUUUUUGACAUUGUUAGAUGAUGUCAUCUGGUCCAGUACCACUUCCGCCUCCAGUCGGAGGAAAGCCAGAUAGGCAGACCUCAGGGUCAGGUCGCUUUGGGUUGUUAUUAACCUUAAUAAUAUGAAGUUUUAUCAUUCAUAAAGUUGAUUAUUGAUUGUUUCAUAGCUUGAUGUCUGCUUAUAUGAAGUAUCAAUCCACAGGUAGUAGUUUUCCGUGCUACUUUAAAGUAAAUAAAGUAUUAUGUUUCUAGUAUUUGAUGGAAUGGAGGAGGAGGAGGGGGAGGGGGGGGCUUGGUUACAGUUAAUUAGCCCCCGCUCCUCCUCUUCCUCCAUCCUCCCUCCUUUUCCUCUCUUUACUCCUCCCUACGGCUGCAUAAAUUGGGGGGCAAGUGAGUCCAUGCACACACACACACACAAACACACACACACACACACACUGACACGCACACGCACACAUCUGGAGCGUCCGACUGCACCAUGCAUCUGCUGGCUCUCUGCUGCACGCUGGGCUUCCUGCUCAAGGAGACGCACACGUGGAGCUUCAGGAACGGAAUAUUUCAUAACUCCAUAUGGCUGGAACAAGCCGCCGGAGUCUACCACAGGGAGUCCCGCAAGGGCAGGUACCAGCUGACCUACAAAGAGGCCAGAGCCGUCUGCCAAUACGAGGGAGGAUCGCUGGCCACUUCCCAGCAGCUGGAGGCCGCCCGCCAAAUAGGUUUCCACGUGUGCGCGGCAGGAUGGUUCGAUAAAGGCCGGGUGGGCUACCCCAUCGUCAAAGCGGGCGCCAACUGCGGAUUCGGGAAGGUGGGCAUCGUGGACUACGGCUACAGGCUCAACAAAAGCGAGCGGUGGGACGCGUACUGCUACAACCCCAACUCCAAGGAGUGCGGCGGCGUCCUGACCGACCAGCAGAGGCUCAUCGGGUCUCCGGGUUUCCCCGAGGAAUACCAGGAUGAGCAGAUCUGCUACUGGCACAUCCGCGUCCGCCUGGGCCAGAGGAUCCUGCUGCGCUUCCUGGAGUUUGACGUGGAGGACGACACGGCGUGCCUGGCCGACUACCUGGAGGUGUACGACAGCUACGACGACGUCAACGGCUUUGCCGGCAGAUUCUGUGGCGAUUCUUUACCAGAAGACAUCAUCAGCACAGGAAACGUGAUGACGCUGAAAUUCCUCAGCGACGCCUCGGUCACAGCAGGAGGCUUCCAGUUGGAGUAUUUCGCCGUGGAUGCGUCUGCGUUGUCGCACAACUACACUGACUACUUUUAAUAGUUUUUUAUUUCUUCAUUGAAUUUAUCAGUAUAGAUUUCUGUCUCUUUAAAUGCCUGGCACUGAGUACUUCCUGGUUUGACAUGUCCAAGACUUGACUUGUAUGUUAUGUUAUGUUAU